UCUGGUACCGCCUCUCCGCGACGCAGCUUCCGUGGCUAGGAGGGGCGGGCACCAGCCCUGGAGCGUCUCCCUCGUGGCAAGGGCGGCUCAGGCGCUUGGCGGCCUCAGGGGGCGGGGGUCCAAGCUAAAGCCCAUGACAGGAGGUGCAAGGGUGAGGUGCUCGGGGCUGCUCCGUGUGGGCUUGGCGGCUGCGGCACGACUGAGCAGCAGCGGGAGCACGUUCGCCGCUAUGUCUUCACAGUCUCACCAGCUGACCACAGAAGAGAGGAAGCAAGUUUUAUAUGACCUGAAAGCUGCAGGAUGGUCUGAACUAAGUGAAAGGGAUGCUAUAUACAAAGAAUUCAACUUCAAAACUUUCAAUCAGGCUUUUGGCUUUAUGACUCGAAUUGCUCUGCAGGCUGAAAAGAUGAAUCAUCACCCUGAGUGGUUUAAUGUGUACAAUAAGAUCCAGAUAACUCUCAUUUCCCAUGACUGUGGAGGGCUGACAAAACGAGAUGUCAAGCUGGCUCAGUUUAUUGACAAAGCUGCUGCAUCUGUCUAACAAUGAGGUGUUGAAAUUAUUAUGGAACUGCAGUUCUUUUAAAACGAUUUCCCAUUGUAUUAAAUGAGACAUUUAUUCAGUC